CUUCCCGGCAGACAGUCAGAGGAGCGCGGCUUGUUUUGUUUUACAGAGCACACUGGCUCUAAUCUGGUCUGUGAGGUGAAGCUUCUGGUGUUUGAUGCUUUGUGAAGUGGCAUGUGGUUCAGUCCCAAAUGGCUUUCUGCAGGAUAUCUAGGGCACUACACAGGGAGCGAAGGCCGAGAGGAGUGCAUUUGUACAGAAAAGUGGAACAGUGUUUAUGUUCAGCUCGCUGCAUUGUAGUAAUGCCAUAUCCCUGAAGCCUCUAAAGGUGGAAUGAGAAGACAGGUCAUGGGCAGAUGAUGGACGUUGAGUCAUCAUACUCGGAAUUCAUUAAUUGUGAUCGCACGGGCCGCAGGAACGCAGUGCCGGACAUUAAGGGAGACGGGACCGAGGUGGGGACCAGCGAACUGACCAAAGACAUGGCUCAGAUGGACCUGAAGGAAGGAGAAGCCGAUGCCGCCGGGGCUCCUGCUGCCGAAGCGGAAGCCUCGAGUAGUCAGGAGCAGGGGAAAGAAGGAGCAUCUUAAAGAUGAAGGAGCGAAAAGAGGACAGCCACCCCUCCUCCUCGCUGGGUCCCCACACUGUGUGCGGUGAGGAGCUGCUCGGAGAUGGACAUGCUUUGUGUGCCUGAACGCUCUCGCGUCCCUGAGAGACUCCAGGAGAAACCGCUACACCCAACAGAUUUGCCAUGUACAACAACACACCCAUGUUGCGUUAUUCCUGCCAUUCCUCAGAGGAAGCACGGACUUUUUAGAUGCCUUUUCCAUUCUGAACAUGAAUGAUGUGGAGUCCCUGGGUUCAGACCGUCAAAUCGAGAAAUACCAAAUAACACACGCUGAGGAGUCUGAAUCCGUUUGAUUUCUUUUUUUUUUUUUAAACAGUAACACGUAUAGGUGUAACAAACUGGGAAAAUAUUUAUUUCUUAAUAUUCCCUGAGGUCAGUAGUUUUGUGUUUCUGUACUCCAUGAUAUACUUUAGCGUACGUAACAUUUAUUAACAAUAUUUAUAUAGUACAUGCGUCAAAGCUUUCUGUUCACUCGGUCUGUUUGUUUUCUCUUUAUAUUGGAU